AUGACGUCAUCAGCCGCCGUUUUCCUCCUUUCCCGAAAGUGUCAAAUCACAUCGGACGCCGUGACGUCACAUUUUCCGCACGCUGUCCUCGGUGUGCGCGCGCACGGAGCCACUGGAACUUUCUUGACUUUCUCGUCUUCCGCUGCUUCUUUGACAUCUUCUGCUUCUCUUCAGCCAGCAGACUGCGGGUCCGCGUCUGCUUCGGAGGGCGUGAUGCGGUCCCCCGCGGCCAUCACGUUUGUGCUGUCAAUCACGAUGCUUCGGGCAGCGGCGGAACUGCCGGACCAGCAAGUGAUUGAUGUGUUGAGUCUUCAAGACUCCAAGAAGAGCAUCGCUGCAGUGGAGAAACUGUCUGGUGGUCUGAGCGCGCUCAGUGACAUCUACGUGGCAUCCACGUUACGUCUGCCACCUAAGAUGGGAGGCGUUCUACUGGGUGUGUACAGCAAACAGGACAACAGGAAGUACCUAGAGCUCGCCGUCAUGGGGAAGAUCAACAAAGUGUUGCUUCGUUACACGCGAGCAGACGGGAAGGUCCACACAGUCAACUUGCAGAAUGCCAACCUGGCUGAUGGGCGGAGCCACUCCAUCAUCCUGCGGCUGGGAGGCCUUCAGCGGGACAGCAUGAUGGCAGAGCUCUACGUGGACUGCCGAUUGGCUGACUCGGUUCAGGGUGUGCCACAUCCCGUGCCCCUACCGCGGGACGCAGAGAUGGUGGAGAUGCGACACGGACAGAAGGCAUAUGCUCGCUUGCAGGGCGCAGUGGUGUCGUUACAAGUGGCUCUAGGGGGCAACGUCGCUAAAGCCGGUGCCCUGAUUGACUGUCCCUUUCAAGGUGACUCCUCCCACAACUUAGUGGGCGGGGACAUCCACGCCAUCCUGGCUGAUCAUGCCAAGGCUCUUAUUGGUCAGUUGGUCAUCUUCAAUCAAAUCCUUGGAGAACUACGACAGGACAUCAAGGAGCAGGUGAAGGAGAUGUCGCUGAUGAGGAACACCAUCUUGGAAUGUCAAGUUUGUGGCUUCCACGAGCCACGCUCACGCUGCUCCCCCAACCCAUGUCACAAGGGGGUGGCCUGCGCCGACAGCCCGCACUUUCCCGGAUACACCUGCGGACCCUGCCCCCCUGGUACCAGCGGCAACGGCACGCACUGUCGUGACGUGGACGAGUGUGAAGCGUACCCGUGUUUCUCUCCUGAUGCCUGUGUCAACACGGUGGGCGGCUUCAGCUGUCUUCCAUGUCCUGCUGGCCUGUGGGGGGCGUCACUGGCCGGCACUGGACUCGACUACGCGAAGACACACAAGCAGGAGUGUGUGGACAUGGAUGAGUGUGUGGAUAUGCCUGACGCCUGCACGCCAAACUCAGUGUGCACCAACACAGUGGGCUCAUUUAAGUGUGGGGGGUGUAAACCUGGUUUCCUUGGCAACCAGACGACGGGUUGCUUCCCCCGCAAUUCGUGUGCCACGUUGACCUUCAACCCCUGUGACACCAACGCCCACUGCAUCAUCGAGUGGAACGGAGACGUUUCCUGCAAGUGUAACGUGGGCUGGGCGGGGAAUGGAAACACGUGCGGUGUGGACACGGACAUCGAUGGUUAUCCCGACCGUUCGCUGCCCUGCAUGGACAACAACAAACACUGCAAACAGGACAAUUGCGUUUCCACGCCAAACUCGGGUCAGGAGGACGCUGACAACGAUGGGAUCGGCGAUCAAUGUGACGAGGACGCAGACGGGGACAGCAUAAAAAACGUGGAGGACAACUGCCGUUUGGUUCCCAACAAGGACCAGCAGAAUUCCGACAGCGACUCUUUCGGGGACGCGUGUGACAACUGUCCCAACGUGGCCAACAGCGAGCAGAAGGACACGGACGGGAACGCCCGAGGAGACGCGUGCGACCUCGACAUAGAUGGAGACGGAAUACCGAACGUCCUUGACAACUGUCCAAAGGUUCCCAAUCCCAUGCAGACGGACAGAGAUCGGGAUGGAGUCGGAGAUGCAUGUGACACCUGUCCAGAACUCAGCAACCCUACACAAACAGACAUCGAUAACGACUUAGUGGGAGACAUUUGUGACACAAACCAGGACACGGACGGAGACGGUCACCAAGACAACAGAGACAACUGUCCUGACAUUCCAAACAGUUCCCAGUUGGAUUCAGACAAUGAUGGCCUCGGCGAUGACUGCGACCAUGACGACGACAACGAUGGCGUCAUUGACGACCGUGACAACUGUCGUCUCAUUGUUAACCCAAACCAGAAAGAUUCUGAUGUAAAUGGUGUAGGGGACGUGUGUGAGGACGACUUUGACAACGACGCCGUCCUGGAUGUGAUUGACGCGUGUCCUGAGAGCGCUGAGGUGACGUUGACAGACUUCCGGGCUUAUCAAACUGUCAUCUUGGACCCAGAAGGCGACGCCCAAGUUGACCCCAACUGGGUGGUUCUGAAUCAGGGAAUGGAGAUUGUUCAGACCAUGAACAGUGACCCUGGUCUCGCCGUCGGCUACACAGCGUUCAACGGCGUGGACUUUGAGGGAACGUUCCACGUCAACACGGUGACGGACGAUGACUACGCCGGCUUCGUCUUUGCUUACCAGGACUCGUCUAGUUUCUAUGCUGUCAUGUGGAAGCAGACGGAGCAAGAAUAUUGGCAGUCCACGCCCUUCCACGCCCUCGCCCAAGCCGCCCUGCACCUCAAGGCAGUGAAGUCUCAGACCGGACCGGGUCAGUUCUUAAGGAACGCUCUGUGGCACACAGGGGACACAAGUGGCGAGGCCACGCUGCUUUGGAAGGAUCCGAGGAACGCUGGCUGGAAGGACAAGACGUCGUAUCGCUGGCACCUCAGCCACCGCCCCCAAGUGGGCUACAUCAGGGUUCGUCUCUUUGAGGGUGCCAACAUGGUGGCCGACUCUGGCGUGGUGAUUGACAGCACCAUGAGAGGCGGGAGACUGGGAGUCUUGUGCUUUUCCCAGGAGAACAUCAUCUGGUCCAACCUGCGCUACAGGUGUAACGACACGCUUCCUGAAGAUUUCCACACGCAUCGCAUGCAACAUGUCCUGAUGCACGUGCGCGUGUGAUGCCGGUGACAGGCACCAACAUUGGCGAGGUGAAGGCGGGGCCAUCCUGGACUGAUGUUAAUAAAACUUAAUGAUGGCAAAUCGUUGGCUGGAAAUCCGUGGAGUGUUCUUCAAGGAAUAAACUUCAUCUACAACAACAAAGAGAAGUAUUUUUCUGAAUCAAUAAUGGUAAAAAACAAAAACACUAUCAGGCUCGUCACCAAUAAAUUUGAUGGGUGAUGACUUGAAUUCUUCCAUGACAUUAUCACAGGGGUGGAGCCUAUUCUGGAUGUCCCACCCACUCUGAAGUACUGUUGCUGUCUAAAUAAAGUUGUUUUGAACAUGUGACGCACUAAACACUAUAUGCACUCCUGAACAAAAUUUUAAGAAUUUACAUUUUGCGCUGUUGGAGCUUCACAAUGCAAAAAACAAACUAUUAUUUUUUGGAGUCAACAAUUUCUGUGCUGAAAACACUAUUCAGCUGUGCAUAUGACAACUGAAAAUAUCUUAAUUUUGAAUUUGUUUGUGUUAUGGAAUGAUUUUAUGAAGUGGUUUUACCCUUUUGUUUUGACCCUCUGUAAAGCACUUUGAAUGACCUUGUAUACAAAUGGUGCUCUAUAAAUAAAGUUGCCUUGCCCUUGCCAAUGUAUUGCAAACAAGCAAACCAAAAAAAAAAAAACCUCCCUAAAAAAGAAAUACACUGCUUGAUGACACGAUGGAACUUGCUGCCUUUAGUAGCCAAAUUGUUUC